AUGGUUGAAAAUAAUUCACUGAAACAAAAAGGUAAAAAUCAAAAUCCUUUGGUCCCUUGGUUAGGCAUAUCCGACGAGUUGUGGGAAAAGGUCCCAAGAAACAUAUUGAAGGAAGAAGAAAUACCUGAGCAACGCACAAUACAAUUUGCAUUAGUUGGAGUUCAAUCUAAUCAAGAGUUGGUUCAACACUACUCCUCCUGGUCACGACUGCAGAGAGCAACAGCUUGGUUAAAAAGAUUUGUAGAAUAUUUGAGAACAAGAAGGGUACCAAGUGAAGUUCAUUUGUCUGUGAGAGAACUGCAAGCGGCCGAAGUAUGUAUACGGAAACAAGUUCAAGCCGAAUGUUUCCUUGAUGAGUUACGAUCUCUGGAUUCUCAAAGGGAGUUGAACCUAAAAAGUAAACUGAAGUCCCUACGUCCAUUUAUAAAGGACGGACUAAUCUUGGUUGGUGGACGUUUGAACAAUUCUGGGUUGUCAAUAUUACAAAGGCACCCGAUCGUGUUGCCUGUAAAUCAUAAGGUGACUAGGUUAAUAUUUGAACGAAUACAUUUAGAGCAAUUACAUUGUGGGCCUCAAGCCUUGCUUGCUGAGGUGAGACGAAGGUAUUGGCCGUUAAGUAGUCGAGUGAUGGCGCGUUCCGUGGUAUCACGUUGCGUGAGAUGCACCCGAGCCAAACCAACAUUUAAUGCUCCCUUGAUGGCUCCAUUACCCAAGGAAAGGGUCCAAGUCGCACAACCGUUCGCUGUUACUGGGGACGAUUUUGCUGGACCAAUCAUCAUAAGAAGCGGUAUAAGGCGAGUGAUAGGCGUGAAGGCCUGGAUAGCCGUUUUCGUAUGUUUUACCACAAGAGCAGUUCAUUUGGAGAUGGUGGAAGAUCUCGAUAACGGUACAAAUUUCGUUGGAGCAAGAAGAGAGCUGUACACGCAUCUAAAGGCUGCGCAUCCACAGAUAGCCCAGAGAGGUAUUGAAUGGCGAUUUAACCCACAAUCAGCACCGCAUUUCGGUGGCCUAUGGGAGAGUGCGGUUAAACGUGCAAAACACCAUUUAACCCGUAUGAUGAGUGAUGCCAAGCUAACUAUUGGUGAAUUAUCAACACUAUUGUGCCAGAUAGAAGCUUGCCUUAACUCACGACCGCUGACCCCAAUGAGCAGCGACCCAUCUGACUUAGAGGUAUUAACCCCAGCUCAUUUCCUGGUAGGCAGUCCUAUCUCGUUACCUCCUGAGGUCGACCUGAGACAGGAACCAUUGAAUAGUCUCAGAAGAUGGAAGUACAGGCGUUAA